AUGGCCAACAUCACCUUUUUCUGUCUUGUCGAGGAAGAUCCUGCUGCGAAAGCAUUCUCGUUCAAGAACAUUCCCUCCUCGGAUACUAUCGACGAUCUCAGGAAGCGCAUCAAGGCCGAGAAGGCCAACGAUUUCCACGACAUCGAUGCGAACAAUCUCACGCUCUGGCGCGUCUCGGUUCCACUUACGGACGAUGAGGAGGAGCUCCCCAUCAUACUCGACACCCUGAAUGAGAAGAAGAAACUGCGGCCAACGACUCGCCUCUCCAAGGUCUUCACAGAAGAGCCGUCUGAAGAAGUAAUCCACAUCAUUGUGCAGCUACCACCGCCAGAGUUCCUAAAAAGAUGUCUCGACAACCAAGGUUAG